UAACCUGUCCGGCUCGCACCAAGACGUCUGCCUGCUGGCUGUCCCCGCGCCUGUUUUGCGCCGACGCUGUGUUGGCUGUCUUGUGUCGCCUGCGGAGUCUUGGGAAGUUGCGACCAACGACCAUCGGGACCGCUGCAACCUCAGAUAUCUGCCCUCACCCGGCCAUCUCUUACUCUUUGUCACCUCCGCUUGCGAGGCCUUAAUCUCCCCAGGCUCCAAUGCCUUCUCGAACAGCUUUCCUCCGCUAGCGCCUCACUUCCACCUCAACCUCAACCUCGACUGCAGCACCCUCUCCACCCCGAACUGUAGCCCACAAUGGCGUCAAGCUUGCAGCUGAUGGCCGCUACCAUCACUGAGCGCUCCAAGACGCUUAUUAACAAUGACCUGAAAAAGAUUCUGAAAGAGGAACGCUCAUCGCAGACGGGGAACAAGGCUGCGUUACAGUCCCGCGUCAUUGGGCUCAUACAAAAUGCCGUCCUUCAAAAUGAUGCCGAUGCGCUGCGGCGACUUCAGUACCGCGUACAACACCACGGAGACGCCCCGCCGCCCACAGCCAGCAGUCCGGCAGCCCCCUCAUUCUCCCACCCGCCUGCGCCCACCGCGAACGGCUUCAGCAUGGCGAAUGGAUAUCAAACCAGCGGGUCAUAUCCGGCAUACCAGCAGCCACAACCGCACAUACCACCUCGACCUACAUACUUCUUCAAAGAAAGCCCCUUCUUCGAGAUCCGCGAGCUAAUACUAAGUAAUAUUUCGUUAGAAGCUUCGCCAAGCCACCGUCAAAAUACGACCAGAACCCUUGCACCCACCGACGCCAUUUGUACACGAUUGAAGUCAGACCCCGCUCUACGACUUCUCCUGUUUUCUGCGCUGGAGCAACCACUAACGCCUGUUACGCGCCUGGACAUCACAUUCCCAUCGCAGAUCGAAGUCCGCAUUAACGGCGAGGAGGUCAAGGCGAACUACAAGGGCUUGAAGAACAAGCCGGGCUCGACGCGUCCUGCAGAUAUCACCGAUUUCGUCCGUAUCAGUCCCGCUAAUCAUCGUAAUAACAUUGUCGUCACCUAUGCCCUAACGCACAAGAAGUACAAUUUGUUUGUCUACAUGGUCAAGAAAUUCUCAGUAGAGGAGUUGACACAGCGGAUCAAACAUCGCAAUGUCAUCACAAAGCAGUCGGUGCUAAACGAGAUGAUGGAGAAAGCGAAUGACCCUGAUAUCGAAGUUGGCUCGAGCGUCAUGUCUUUGAAGGACCCCAUCUCUACUUUAAGAAUCAAGACACCGUGCAGGUCCACAGUCUGCACGCACAACCAGUGCUUCGACGCCGAAUCGUUCCUACAACUGCAGGAGCAGGCACCCACUUGGACAUGUCCAAUUUGUAAUAAGACUAUAUCUUAUGAAGGGCUAGCCGUCGAUCAGUAUGUGGAGGAGAUCUUGAACAAAGCCCGGAACGCAGAUCAAGUCACCAUUGAGCCCAACGGGGAAUGGUCGACCGACACGGAUACGUCGCCCAAGAGAAACGGCUAUAGCGCCUACGACAACGACGACAGCGAAGAUGAUCUUGUUGAAAUACCGGAUUAUCGCAUCAGGGCCAUCAAGAGUGAAGCCGCGCCAACACCUGUAUCGCUCAGCACGCCUCCACUACCCUCAAGAGAGACGUCAACGGCCCCUCGAUCAAGCAACAAAAGAACAUCCGAGGUGGUGGAUCUGACACUGAGCGACGAUGACGAGCCUGUGAGGCCAACCAAGAAGGUAGCGUACAGUACCCCCAAUAGCCUCCCAGACCCAUCGCGUCGCUACCAAUUGCCUGCCCAUGGCCACUCCUCUGCCCACAGUCGUCCACCACCACCCUCUUAUCACAGUAUGCCUUCGGGUAUGCGCUCGGAGUAUUCUCAACCUCCUUCAACACCUCCACCGCGGCCCGCAUAUGGGUCCUAUCGACCGCCACCGCCUGCGUCACGCCCUAGUUAUCCCGGCCAGGGCACAUCAUCAUACCCUACAUACCUCGGCUCCUCCCCUUGAUUUUCAUGUUGCGCGCACUAUUUGUAUCUUGUCGAUCAUGUACGAUCACUGUUCCUCAGCUAAUCUCACAAUCUAAUCACAGGGCAGAGUCGGAGCAAGAACAAGCUCGAUGCGAGAAUAGGCCUCCUACUUUAGUGGGGAGACGCUCGGUUCUGAAGAAGUUGCACAAACUGAUCAAGUGGAGUCUUCUACCAUACUCUAUAUUUUCCAUUCUGAUUUGAAGUGGGAUUUAGCGCGAGGCGUUCAGGAGACGACAUGCUAUGAACUUUUAUCUGAUUUUGGCGUACGGGAGGGGACAUUGGGAUACCAUCACCGCAUUGCGUGCAUUUUGAUCAUUUUGAAGCGGUUUACAUUUCGUUGACUGUGCAAAGCGCGGGGAAGCAGGCUGAGGGGGG